GUGUUCUGAAGACUAUGUCUUUAAAACCUUUUACCUGCCCCUGGCCUGAAACAAGGUUUCUUCAUGCAGGCAAAAGUGUAUAUAAAUUUAAAAUCCGAUAUGGCAAUAUCAGCAGUGAUGGCAUGGGCACUGGUGAAAAUACUUCCUUGGAACUAGAGGAAGCCAUUCGAGUAAUCCUUGGAAAUCUUGAUAAUACACAUCCAUUUACUACAGAACACUUCACUAUAUUCCCAUAUUUAAGUAAAUGGGAGAGAGUGUCAAAACUGAGAUUCAAGCACGGAGACAAACUUCUUGAUCCGUAUCCUUAUGUUUGCAUUAUGUAUGUGGAACGCAAUUCAUUUCAGCAAAGUGUUUUCAUCCAUUUCCAAAAUUACAGCACAGUCAUCAGUGCCAAACCUAAUCUCUUGGAUCUGCAAAAGGGAGAAAACAUAGUCUUAAAUGUUUUAAAGGUCAAGAAUAGAAGUGAAAUUAUAGAAGACACUGAAACAAAAGCAACAAGGAGGCAGAGGAGGGUGGAGGACCCAACAGAGCUGUCACAGAGUGAGCCAUGUGUGGAGAGGUUCGAUGUCCCUGCUCAGGUCCCAGGCAUCUGCUCCCAACCGCCAGGACAAUCCUGUCGGGCUGGAGCUGAAGAUAUUCACAAUACAAGUGAGACAAACAGUCCAUGCAGAUGGGAAUGGAAUGAGAAUCUUGAAGACAUCCUGUACGAUUCUCUCAUGACAAACAGAACGUUUCAGGAACUAGAGAAGAAGGACAGACAGUGA